CUUGAGCUCCGCGCGCUCGCCCGAGUGUCCGUGCGCGACCCCGCAGGAAACGUCAUGAGCGUCUUACUACCCAACAUGGCGGACUUUGAUACCAUUUAUGAGUUAGAAGACGAAGACGAUGAGCAUGUUGUGAGUGAGGAACACUUGCCCAGAUACUGUCCGGAACCCGUGGUUAUGCGAGGGGCCGGGCACAUCACAGUGUUUGGACUGAGCAACAGAUUUGACACAGAAUUUCCCUCUGUUCUCACGGGAAAGGUAGCACCAGAGGAGUUUAAAACCAGCAUCUGCAGGGUGAAUGCUUGUUUGAAGAAGAACUUGCCAGUGAAUGUGAAGUGGCUUCUUUGCGGCUGCCUGUGCUGUUGCUGUACAGUAGGCUGCAGUCUGUGGCCUGUUAUCUGCCUCAACAAGAGGACAAGAAGGUCUAUUCAGAAGUUGUUAGAGUGGGAAAAUAACAGAUUAUAUCACAAGCUUGGGCUGCAUUGGAAACUGAGUAAAAGAAAAUGUGAAAGCAGUAAUAUGAUGGAAUAUGUGAUUCUUAUAGAAUUCUUACCCAAAUAUCCUAUAUUCCGACCAGACUGAAGAGGCUGUUAUCAGACUGGAGGUGUGGCCCUUGAAUCUUAUCCUUAGUGCCUUGUAUAUACAGUGUGUUGGAAUAAGGGUCUGCGCCGCCGUCUCUCGAGACAACCCUGUACAUCUCCCAGUACCUUGUACAUUUGAACUUGCAACACUGUCACUUUGCUUUAGAGCAGAUUUUGCACAUUUUCCCGACAGAGCUAGACAUGUCCCCAUCGUUGCACUCUCAUGUGUUUUUGUUACAUGUGACAAGUGAAACUCUCGAAAAGUGCAUUUACCCCAAAGAACCAUCAACCUGUGUCCUGUUUAUUAUAUCAGUAGUCCUCUGCGAAGAAUGUGAUGCCUCCACCUUCUUUAACUAUCCUUGCCUUAUGUAUAAGUUUUUUUAAAUAACUCAUGUGAAAGGAGGAGGAAGGCACUGGGGUAAUUCACCACGUCUGUAGAUUCAGUUGCUGUGUGAUGGGUUUCCUCUCUUGAAUCCAGUUCUUUGCAAGUAGAUGGGAUGGUUGAAACUGCCUAACAUACCUUUUUUUUUUUUUACAUUUAACCCUCUGUACAUGGGAACUAACCAGUAAAAGAACUUGACCUGUAAAUACCAUGUUAGGAUAAGCUGUACAGUGGUAUACCAUUGUUUACACAAAUUUACUUAGCUCUUAAGUUUUUUUUGCCAAUAUAUUGCUAUACCAUAGUAUUGAUUAAUGAAAGAUGUCUAUGUACCUUUCUAGUUUAUAUGGACCUGUUUACCCUGUAAGCCAUACAGUUACAGUGUACAGAUGCCAGAGUUAGGACUGAUUAUUGCACUUGAGCCCAAAACAGAGUCCAGAUUUCAGAUGAUAAUGCAUCCUGAAUGUUCACCCAGUGACAGCAGCAGUGCAUGCCACCGUGAGGUCUUUGCCAAUGAAGAUGACAUCAUUAGUUGAAUCCAGAGAUAGUUGCAUCUCUGAUAAUGAUUUGAACUUUGCACUUCUACUCUUUUAUUUUCUCAAAUUAUCCAAAACUUGCAUUCAUUUUAUACUUUUGUACUCUUCUCUGUGCUGUUUGGUUCUUCCAAUGUUUUAGGAAGCACAUACAUGAGUAGUACAUGGCAUACUGAGCAGAUGGUUCCUUUGUUUCAGUCAUUCUGUCCUGUGUUAGUAUUAUGUUCCUGAAUCUUAGUCA